AUGGCUCUCCCGACGCUUCACGACGAGGCUAAGCUGUCUACAUACGACGAGAAGGACCAUCCCAGCCCGACAGGAUCUUUCGACAUCGAAAGUAAGGGACCUCGUCUCAACAAUGGAAACAUCGGCAUCGACACCGAGGUCGAGGAGGUGUAUACUGAAGGCCCCCGCCUUAUCGAUAUGGGCGAAAAUGGAAAAGAGCGGCCCAUUGACACCGAUGCCGACUAUGCCCUCCGUCUUGUAUCUCUUGAGGACGACCCCACCCUCCCGAUAUACACUUUCAGGACUUGGAUUUUGGGACUUGGCCUAUCAUGCUUCGGUGCUGUGCUAGGACAGAUCUUCUACUUCCGCCCGCAAACAAUCGAUGUUAGCGUCCUCUUCAUCCAGAUUUUUUCUUACAUCCUCGGGAAAAUCCUCGAGGAAGUUCUUCCUGGUCCCAACCACCCCUCCCCUCGAUUACGGACCUCCGAUAACUGGUUCUGGAGGUUCAUGAAUCCUUCUCCAUUCAACAUCAAGGAACAUGUUGCCAUUACGAUCAUGUCCUCGACGGCCGCCUAUGCUGCGAAGGCCAUCAGUAUUUUCGCUGCUCAGGACCUUUACUACAACGUUCGCCCCAACGCAGUUGUCCCAAUCUUCACUUUGAUUUCCACUCAGUUGAUUGGAUACGGGAUGGCUGGUAUCUUGCGCAAGUUCUUGGUUUACCCAACCUUUGCCGUCUACCCGCAAUCGAUGCCUACGGUUCAGCUCUUUGAUGCUCUCCAUCGUGGCCACUCAGUUUUAGCUCAGAAGAAACGGGUCAGGUUCUUCUGGCUGGUUUUCAUCGGCAUAUUUAUAUGGGAAUGGUUCCCCGAAUACAUUGCCCCAACCUUGACCGGUAUCAGUAUCUUCUGUCUGGCAAAUCAAGAUUCUGCGUGGUUCACUCGCAUUUUUGGUGGUGCCGCCGGUAACGAAGGUCUGGGAAUGUUCUCAAUCUGUUUAGAUUGGGUGUACGUCGGAGCUAGCGGUGGUUCAAUUGGUGCUCUCUUCACGCCGUUAUCCACUCAACUUUCUUUGUACGCUGGGUGCGCCGUUUGCAUAAUCGCGUUCUGUGCUUGUUUCGCGACGAACACUUGGAACGCUCAGAACUUCCCUUUCUUGUCUCAACUCCUCUUCUUCGAGAACGGUACGGAAUACGACCAGCUUGCGAUCUUGACCGACAGAUACGAGCUCGACUACGAAAAGCUUGAGCAAGUUGGCCUUCCUUGGUAUGCCGCCUCUCAACUGCUGUACAAAAUUAGUCGAACGAUGUACAUCGGCGCCGCUGUGACUCAUUUCUUGCUCUGGCAUGGCCCGAAGAUGUGGGAGAUUCUCUGGGAUCGUCAGGGAUGUAACGACCUUCACUACCAGAAGAUGAAGAUCUACAAGGAGGUUUCCAACUGGAUAUACUUGGGUCUUUUUGUCGUUUGUGCUGGAGUCGGGAUCGGAACAUCCUACGCUGCUCAAUCAGGGCUUCCUGCAUGGGCGGCAAUCAUUGCGCUUCUUUUUGCUUGGUUAUUUGUCCCUAUCGUUGGAACCCUAAACGCUACCGUCGGAUACGCUCCCAGUGUUGAGAACAUGAUUCAAAUGAUUGGGGGAGCUCUAGUACCCGGAAAACCAGUCGCCAAUAUGUACUUCACUGCCUAUGGAUACAUUCCAGUCGUACAGUCGUACAGGCUCUUCCAGGACCUCAAGAUCGGUCAAUACACCAAGCUUCCCCCGAGAACAACCUUCACUGUGCAAAUGGUUGGAACAGUUAUCGGAGGUCUUUUGAACUUUAUCAUCAUGACGACUAUCAUAUCAAGUCAGCGCGAAAUUCUCAGAGCUAUUCAGGGGUCGAACGUUUGGUCUGGUCAACAAGUGCAAUCCUACAACAGUGCAGCCAUCGCGUGGGGUGCUCUCGGUAAACCCCUCUAUGCUACGGGAACUCGGUAUGGCUUUGUCCCAUAUAUGCUCCUCGCCGGCCUCGGUUUCCCAAUUCCCUUCUGGAUCGCACAUAGGCUGUGGCCCAAGGUCGGAUUCAACCUCGUGUUUACCCCAAUUUUGGUCGCGGAGCUAGGAUACCUUUCCGUCGGAAUCAACUCGAGUGUCUUUACUACCUUCCUGCUCGCCGUCUUCUCACAGUACUACCUACGAAAAUACCGCGCCACCUGGUUCCGCAAGUACAACUUCUUGAUGUCUGCCGCGUUGGACGGAGGAACCUCCGUCAUGGUGUUUAUUUACACUUUCGCUGUGGGCGGUGGUGGCGGAACUGUGAGGCCGUUCCCAAUAUGGGCUUUGAACCCCAAAGGAAACCCGGACUACUGUAAACGCUUAACUGAUUGA